UGAUGACAGGCGUCACCCUCCUGAUUGACUGAGUGACGAGUUGAGUGACGAGUUGACUUUCCCACCUUUCGUUUUUCGCCAAACUAACUUUCGCUGUUUGUCACAAAGAAGAAGAUGAUGAUGAGCCGCCCUGUUCUUCUUCAGCGUGGGUUGGGGCGUCGCUUGCCUGUGGCUGGGACCCAUGUUGCCCGUUCGUAUGUCUAUCCAGUAUGGGAUCAGUAUGGUACUAGUAGUGAUCAGGCGCAGAAGAUGUCCACCAGGAUACCAUUGCUUCCACUGACAUUAGGUGAUGUCAGUCAUCAUCAUCAGCAGCAGCAGUGCUGUCAGCUGUCUACCAGUACCUCCACUGUGGCCACUACUGAGGCCACUACAGAUAGUAUUGUUGACGACUCGAAACGGGUGCCUCCUCGUCGGCCUUGGCUGGAUCCUUCGUUGACCUGGGAUACCCGAGUUGUCAAAUUUACCGAAUCUCCCGUGGGUACCCUCAAUCCCCACGCCGUGGCCUUUGAUGCUCUUAGCCUUGUGGAUCAGUCUUGUCGGCAAGGAAACAUUUACGGCAUGAAAAUGGCACACGAAGUACUAGACCGGUGUUUGGCAGAAAAGGAUUUCAGAGAGACAACCAUAGUGGAUACAGCGGAUACUAGUACCCAAGAAGAACACUCUGCUUCUAUCACUACAGAUGCGUCUAUUCAGAAUGUACAUGUGUACCCAGUCCCACUCAAGAUGUUCCAAACCAUUCUCUAUGGCUGGGCCACUCUAGCCAAGCAUCAGACCAAGGCAGCCAUGACACGCAUGCGACAAACGCUGGAUCAAUUGCUGUUCACGGUCCGACAGGAACAGGAACGAUUUGGAUCACAACAGCACACAACAACAGCCCAGAACUCGUCGUAUUACCAGCAAGUGGCGCUACGUCCCACCACGGACAUCUACAAUACGUACUUGAGUGGACUCAAUUUUGCAUCUCGACACAAUUCAGAGGCGGCGAAAAUGGCGGAAGAAUUAUUGCACGAAAUGACACAAUACCACAGUCAGUUUGGAUGGCAUACCAAACCCAACACUCGCAGCUAUACACUGGCACUCUGUGCACGAGUCCAUUCUCCUUUUGACGUCAAAUCCGCCGGACGUCAUGCCGAACGAAUCUUGCGAAAAUUACAACGUGCCCAUCAACAAGAACGCAAACGAUAUCAACAACACUACGGACAUGAAUACGACACGCAACAUCCCAGCAAUAACAAGCUUCAGAUACCCACACCGGAUGUCGUUGUCUACGACUAUGUCAUUCAGGCAUAUGGGAAAGAUCCGUCCCAACGAUCGACUCAAAAAGCACGGGAUUUGUUUAUUGAAGCCAUCAAUACCGUGCAACCCGAUUGGGGACUCGUUACCAGUGUCAUUGCCGCCUACAGUCGAUUGGCCGCCAAUCCACACGUCGACCGAUCCAUUCGGUGGCAAGCGGCUGAACAAGCGGAAGAAAUUCUAGAGACGGCACGGCAAGACAUGGCGCAAAUAGUAAUGGGCGAGAGCAAUACUGCAUCAUCUAGGCCAGUAAAGAGCCGGAACAAAAAGCCAGCCAACAAUCGUGUCGCGCCUUGGAAUGCUUGUAUGAACGCCUAUGGACGAUCAGGAUCCAUAGAUGGCGCAUUGAAGGCCGAAUCUAUGCUGCAAAAGUUGCUGACGGAUCACAUUGAAGGAAUGGGGUUGGCGGCUCCUGACACCAUCUCGUUCAAUACGGUCUUGCAAGCGUGGUCUAGUCAACGCACGCCCGAUGCAUCACAAAAGGCUCAAGAUUUGCUCAACUUACAACGACAAUUGUUUGCCGACGAGGUGAUUGACGAAAAUGCCAUGCCGGAUAUGGCAGGGUUCACCAUUGUCAUGAACGCGUGGGCCAGAAGUACCACCGAGCCACAAAAGGUGCAAAAGACGCAACAACUACUACAGGAACUACUCAUUGGGCUGGAAAACGACACCGUAGCAGCUGGUGGGAACAAUCCCACUGUGGCUUUCUCGGCCGUGUUGAGUGCCGCAGCUCAUCCAGUGGUGAGAAAGACCAAGACACAACAAAACGAACCCAUUAUUGACCCCUUUGGCACUACUGACAGCAGCACCAGUGGCAAUGACGCCGCAUCCGAUGAUGACAGCUACGCCAUUGCUCUACGAACAUACCGAGAAUUGAAAGAAGAUGUAUACCAUGUCGGAUGCCAACCGGAUCAUUUUGUCUUUGCUUCCAUGCUCCACGCAGCCGGUGCUCAUACACACCCGUCCUCGACCGAACGACGGCAAAUGGUCCAAGUAGUGUUUGAAGAUGCGUGCCUGGCGGGUCAUGUGAGCAAAUUGGUGGUGAAAGCAUUGUACAAGGAAUGCCCCGACAAGGCAUUGCUGGCAGAGAUACUCGAACGGUGUCCGGAAUUUGUAGAACGAAUGCCAACACGGGUGGAUGAUUUGCCCAAAGAGUGGACUCAGAAGGUACCUUUUGCAUACCGAAUCAUUGGACGGCCUGCAACAGGAUCACAAGCAAGACGAAAGGGUUCGAUCUCUAGGUAGCUAUACCAGGUAGCUACCGUUAGCUAAGCUAUACCAGGUAGCCAGCUAAAAGUAUGGUAGCCGUUUCUGAGACCCAAGCCUAUACAUGUAGUUUCCUCUCCGCGCCGCACAGCCGGUGCCAGCCACCCUAAAACCUGAAAAUGUGACGGCCACACGACUUCUCUUUCCACUCCACUUUGUGACCUGCUUUGUGUGAC